AAGCGAGCGAGAGAGAAAACAAAGAGUGUGAUGUAUUAGCUCUUCUCUCUUCGGCGUAAUCAUCGUUUCACAUCUACCACAAAAUUUUCUCAUCACUCAAAUUAAUCUCACUUCGUUACUUUCUCGGGAAAAUUUCCCGAAACCCCUCUCCCCCCUACCCCAUUCUUUUUUCCUUCUAAAUCUUGUUUCCAGAUCUUUUUUUUUUUUUUUUUUCCCACAGAUUUUCACUCCGGGGUUAUUGAUUUACACGAUCUUUCUUCCUCUUUUACGAACCUGUUCAUUGUAUUUUACAGAUUCUUGAUAUAUGAACCCUCUUCUUGCCAGUUUCUAUGACAAAAUCUCUCCCCAAUCUCUUAUUUUAGUUUCCGAGAGAUGGUUGAGAGAUCAAACUCACGGUAUCAAAGAACAAUCAUCACCCCAAAAUCGAUGAUUUUCUUGUUUAUAUUAAUCCUCUCUGUCCUCUCUUGGUUCUUAAUCUUUUCUUCAACAAAUCCUAACCGAGUUCUCGAUUACAUCUCAGUAUCAGAACCCACAGAUGCCCUCGUCAACAUCAUCAAGAACUCAAAUGAUCCUCCCCAAGAAAAAGAUGCCGAAUCGCCAAAUCCAGAAAACAGAGAAGACGAAAACAGAGGAGGAGUAAAAACAGAGGAGGCCAUUAAUGAAAACAGAGGAGAAACCCUCCGAUGCAUCCAGAAGGGCUCUCCUUCUCCAGCGCCACUCAAAGUGUACAUGUAUGAUAUGAGUCCAGAGUAUCACUUUGGGUUAUUGGGUUGGAAACCUGAGAGGAACGACGUCGUUUGGCCUGACAUCAGAACCAAUGUUCCUUACCAUCCAGGUGGGCUUAACUUGCAGCACAGUGUCGAGUAUUGGCUAACAUUGGAUCUUUUGUACUCUGAGCUUCCAGAAGAUUCUAGAACCUCACGUGCCGCGAUACGUGUGAAGAACUCGAGCGAAGCUGAUGUUGUGUUCGUGCCUUUCUUCUCUUCACUCAGCUAUAACCGAUUCUCAAAGGUUACGCAAAAGCAGACGAAGAGCCAAGACAGAGUGUUGCAGGAGAAUGUGGUGAAAUUCGUGACGGGACAAAAGGAAUGGAAGAUGACAGGAGGGAAGAAUCAUGUGAUAUUGGCGCACCAUCCUAAUAGUAUGUCGACGGCACGGCAUAAGCUAUAUCCGGCGAUGUUUGUGGUCGCUGACUUCGGUAGAUACUCGCCACGUGUCGCCAAUGUCGAUAAGGACAUUGUGGCUCCAUACAAACACCUUGUUCCAUCCUACGCCAAUGACUCAUCAGGCUUUGAUGGCCGUCCGAUCUUACUCUACUUUCAAGGUGCCAUCUACCGUAAAGCUGGUGGAUUCGUGAGACAUGAACUCUAUGAACUUCUGAAAGAAGAAAAAGACGUCCACUUCUCCUUCGGUAGCGUAAGAAAUCACGGCAUAACCAAAGCCGGGGAAGGAAUGCGAUCAUCGAAGUUCUGCCUCAACAUCGCCGGCGAUACUCCGUCUUCGAACCGUCUCUUCGACGCCAUAGCUAGUCACUGUAUUCCCGUGAUCAUCAGCGAUGACAUCGAGUUGCCUUACGAGGAUGUUCUCAACUACAACGAGUUCUGUCUCUUUGUCCGAUCAUCAGAUGCCUUGAAGAAAGGGUUUCUGAUGGGUCUUGUGAGGAGUAUCGGGAGAGAAGAGUGGAAUAAAAUGUGGCGGCGGUUAAAGGAGGUUGAGAGGUAUUUCGAUUUGCGUUUUCCGGCCAAAGAUGACGACAGAGAUUAUGGAGUUCAGAUGAUUUGGAAAGCUGUGGCGAGGAAAGCUCCUUUGGUCAAGAUGAAGGUUCAUAGGUUUCAGAGAUUUACAAGGCCUUUUCUCAUGGUUUAAUUAAUGUGAAGAUUAGGGUUUUUUUUACUGAUCAUUCUCAUGAGAUUUUGAAAACUUGGUUCUACAUAGAAAUGUAAUGAAUAUAGUUUCAAUUCAACCAUGUGAAUUCGAAUGUAUUAGUAAAUGUCUACUGUUUAUGCUAAGCCUUGUGGAUAAAUGUAAUGAAACUAGUCUGAUUAGACGUCAAAUUCAGUUCGGUUAGAAAUAGCCAACGCUUGUAACACCUAACUUGUGACACAAGUUUCUUAUUCAUAUUGUAUAUAUGAUUACAUAGAUCGUUGGCUUACACUCUUUUUAAGAUUAAAAAAAAAAAAA